AUGGCGCAUCAGAACGGCGGGAACACUGUCUUGCUGACCGAAGAAGAGGCCCAGCGGAUUCGGACCACUGUACAAGAGUCACAGAAGAAAUGCUCAACACAAAAGGGCAACGCCAGAGAGUUUCGAGAUGCUCACGCUACUGUCAGCCAGGCAACUGGUACAUCACUCAUGAUGGACAUGGGUCAAAUGAGUGGACAGGGUCAGAAGGACACAAUCCCAGCUCUUGGUGUUGGUCAGGCAUAUCCACCAAGCACCGUAUCCCUGGAUGAACUCAAGCCUAUGAAAUUUUCGGAACUCAUACUAGAGACUCAUCACCGUGGGCGUUCUUUGACAGUGCAGCGUGCGAGGCGCUGUCCGGUGGUGGCUCUUGCCGCCCGGUCAUGGACUGUUGUCCAAGAUGAGGAAGAGAAGGAGACGGAACGUUUGGAGAUGGUCCUGCAUAAGACAACAGAUGGCGAAGACACCCUUGAGUCGGCACGGCGAUUCAUCAUCAAGGAGCCGUACUUCACGCUGACGGAAGAGGGUGAGGCUACCCUGCGGAUCGACCACCCCUCCGAUCUCGUCAUCAUUAGAGAGGAGAUCGUGAAAGGCAGCUUGAGCGAGGUCGAGGAUGGGACCAAGGGGGACGAGAUUGCAAAGAAGUGCAAGGACAAGGGUAACGCGGCACUGCAAAAGAAGGACCUCCCUCUUACUCGGACAAGUUACAGCCAAGGACUCAAGGUUGCCAGGCAAGAGCCCGUCCAAAAGACGAACCCGGACAUCGCAAGAGACAUUGCACGGAACCGAGCUCACGCGCAUCUGCUCAUGGACCGACAAGACGAAGCCAUCGCUGACGCUAAGGCCUCUCUCAUUGGCGCCGACGAUCAGAAGUCUAAGGAACUCGACAGCAAAGCCUACUUCCGCGCCGGCAGCGGCGCUUACAACCUGGGCCAAUUUGAAGAGGCCAAGCAGUACUUCGAAAAGGCUCACGAACUCGCACCCGCGGAAAGAGGUGCGGCAGUGUAUCUGCGCAAGGUGGAGAUGCGGCUUCGCGAACAGGAAAAGGGGUCGUAUGACCUGCAGAAGAUCAGGGCUAAUCUCACGAGAGUCUCACCACGGGUCGACGCGGCAACCUUCACUGCGAAGACUGAGGUCAAGGAUAGCAAAGGGCGAGGCCGAGGCUUGUUCGCAACUUGCGAUAUUGCCGCUGGAGAGAUAGUCAUGGUUGAGAAGGCUUUCUGUGUGGUCUGGGGUCAUGAGAGCGAGGUUCUGACCGCAAUGACCUACGAUGUCCGCGACGACAAGAUUAGGGUGGCACCCGUCGGCCUAACUAAGGCCAUCUCUCAGAAGCUCCUUAGGAAUCCUUCGCAAAUCGCCAAGGUGCUGGAUCUUUACGGAGAUUACCAGGGUGAGGGUAAGGCCACGUCAGAGACCUCAGAGGGCCCGGUGGUCGACGUCUUCCGGAUCCACGAUAUCGUCUCUCGUAACGCUUUUGGGCCCGGCGGCCAGUACGGAGAGGAGGGCGCGAGGAACGCAAGCACCGGUCUCUGGGUCUGGGCGGCUUACAUCAAUCAUUCCUGCAUUGCCAACGCCAAGAAGGACUACGUCGGCGAUCUAAUGGUCCUCCGCGCGUUACGACCAAUUGCCAAGGGCGAGGAAAUCUUCCACAGCUACGAUGAGUCGAGCAACUACGAGGCGAGACAGCAGGCUCUUAUGACGACGUGGGGCUUCGAGUGCAACUGCGCUCUUUGCGCUGGUGAGAAGACCGACGACGCCAAAUUGCGCCAGAAGCGCCAAAUGCUGGUAAACGACGCGGAUGACUUUGUUUCGACGACACACUGGACCAACGCGAAGAGGAUUACCAUUGCCAAGGCUCAGCGCCUGGCGAAAGAUAUCGACGCGACAUAUGAAGACAAGAAGUACGAUGGUGUUCCUCGUCUGGCAUCAGAGAGGGUUCGGGAAUGGCUCACAAAGGCAGCUCCCCGCAAGUGA